UCAAGUCUAGCUUAAACCUCACAUCUUCCGGACGAAAGCUAGACUUGAGUUUAGACUUUAGUUUAGUUUAGAUUGUUUGUGAUUGGGAACGCGUGCUACUAUGAUGGCGUCUGGAAGGAGCAUGCUCUCGUCAUGAAAACAGCUGCCAGUCUAAUGUCAGCGGGCUACAGUCCAGAUGACGCCACAUUUGGACCAGUGAGGGUGUUUGUACUAGGCUCUGGCAAUUCAAAUCGUCCCUACAGGGACUAUUUACAGGUCAUGGCCCAACACGUUGGGUUGCCGAGUGGAGUCGUCCAGCAUGUGGGUGUCGACGAGGACAUCGACGGCCUGCUCUGGGCGUUACCAAAGUAUAAACUACCGCGUCGGAUGCCCAGAGCAGGCCAUCUGGGCGUAGGAUGCCCAGAUGGCCGGCUCUGGGCAUCCUACGCGGUCGUUUAUACUUCUGUAACGGAGGAGCAUGGAUUUCCACCUAUCCUCGUACUAUCCUCGUACGGUCCUUGACAUUUGAACGUACUGUGAUUGUACCUGACAUCGCGCCGAUGAACAAACAUAUCUCUGACGGUCAUAAUGGCUUUCUUUUCCCUCCUGGAGAUGAUGAAGAUCUCGGGCAUAUUUUGUGGGUUAUCAAGAAUAAUCCAUCUUGAAAGAGCGAUAUUGCUGCCGAGGGAAUAUUUAUGGCUGAGAUUUUGUGUUCGCGCGAUGCCGUUCUGGAGUACGGGCAUUUACUGGAAUCACUCUUGGACUUUCCCGGAGGGCCUGUAUACUACCGCGUCCGACCGACAAAAUACAAGGUUUGGUACCGCGAGGUUGGAAUUGGGACAUCAUCCCAGAAUUUCCUGUAGCGGAAGAGAACUCAACGGUCACAAUGGCAGAUUCAAGCUGGAGAGAAACUGAAUCACAACAGCUCACUCGCUUCAUUCAUAGCUCAGGCAAUUCGGGCCUCAAGGUUGGUAGGUACUUGGAAAACUUAUCCCAGUAUAUGAACUGCCGAAGAUUGUUAUUGCGGAUAGGAGUCUGGGAUCGUCACACUCGCUGGUUGCUGUCACACGAUCCUUCUCGAGGAUGUGUUUCUCGAAAACUCUAUUGUACACAUGAAUUGUGGAUAUAUACGACUCUGGAGAAUUUGGAGGCUUGGUUACAAAGUCUCCUUCUACCUUAUUUUAUCAAAGAGCUUGUAUGUGGGUUAGAUCUCUGUUGUAUAUAAUAGUUAAUAGAGACAUCUAAAUGGAGCCAUUUUUUCCUCCACAUUAGUAGACUAUAUUUUUAACAAAACAUUAUAUUUUAGAAGAUGUUG